AAAAAGGGACGCUGGGAAAGAUUAAACGCGCGAUAGAAGCCAUCGGAGGCGAGGCGACCUUAUUGGUUGUGAGAAGUGUGGUGCCGAGCUGUGAGGACAUCUUUGUCUCACAUGUAUGGGUGGGCCGUGUACACACGCGUGUGUGUUAAAGAGAUCGAGAGAGAGCGAGAGGAAAUCCCAGGAAAAGCCUGCGAUGUGUUUAUUCGGGGCGGCCUCACUAACGGCGGAGAGUGUACAGCCAGCUCCCUACCGUAAGCUCCGCAUCCCUUUGAAUCAUUCCAACAACAACAAAAAGAGCCAAAGCCCUUUUCGUUGGUAGAGGAAACGUACGUGAAAGGGGAGAGGGAGAGGAAGAAGAGUGCGAUGGUGCGCAGUUGUGUGAUCUCUCUCUCUCUCUCUUUUGCGCUUUCCUUCGAUGUUGCUGCUGCUGUGCUCAGGAUAUACGCGAUGAAAACGAGAUCGAUCUCUCACUUGCGCUGACGCGCGCGCUCUCUCUCGCUCACUGUCGUGCGCUCUUCGGCUGCUGGGGGAGAAGAAAGAAAAAAAAAAAAACGGUGGUACGCAGGCACACAUCCGACAAGGCGGUGUCUCAGCAGCUCCGGUCGCCUUCGACCUCGGUUCAGUCUGGGAGUCGAGCUGCAGACGAUAGAACGUGAGUGCGUGUGCGUCCGUGCAAAGGGUGAGCGAUGCACGGCAGCUCUUAACCAGCUUACAAGGCGCCCAAUGGGAUCCUUAGCUUCAAAAAAGCAAAAACCUUUCGGGGAUUGGGGAAGCACUGUGAUAUACGCUCGACGGUAAUUGAAACAUCGAUUCGUGUUGUGAUUGUGGUACCGUGGUAGUGUGUAAAAGAGUGUGCCUGUGUGUGUGUGUGUGUUGUGAUUCAUAACUUAUCGUGCCUAGCAGUGCUGUUCAAUAUAUAAAGCUCUUCUUGGGGAUGUCUUCAGCAUAGCGACUCCCGCAAUUUAUGAUUAUAUCAGGAUUCUGUUUAAGGAUUCUUAGCCACCAAGAACGUCUCUCAGUUGUUGGGAGCGAUGGUUUCUUCUGCUUCGCGACAACUUGACGCUCAAACCAUGGAAGCAGGAAGUACGAGUGUGGGAGUUGCCAAUAAGAAUGUUGCUACCACCCCAUCCACGGACACUGGCAGCGACGGGACAGUGGACGGGUAUAUGCGUGCAGCGAUAAAAGUUGAAACGCCAGAUGCAACGGAAACACCUCCAAAUCACCCAGACCACACCACAGCCGAUCGGGCCGAGGAGGAAGAAGCGGAGGCGGAGGAGGAGGAAGAGGAGGCAGUACAGUCACCACCGGCACCAGACACGCUGCUGGAGGUCGGCAAGAGUGCGUCUGGGGAGGAGGAUGGUGACAGCACAGCCGCAUCGGCAAAGCACAACCAUUUCGAUCGUCAGCAGCGGCGCAGCAGCAGCAGCAGCGGCAGCAAUCAAAGCCAUCACCAGCAGUCGGCCAACAGGCAGCGGAGCGACCAUCUGCACCAGCUAACGGACGAUAUGCUGCGACGGAAAACGAUGAACAACAACAACAGCAACACUGUGCCGAACAACAACAACAGCAGCAGCACCCGCGGUGGUAAACGAUCGCUGGAAUCGACGGCAGAAAUGCUGCUGCAGCAGCAACGCCGGCAGGCGGCGGUGGUGCCGGCCACGGCAACCACUUCGUCCGGCAACAAGCGACGAGGGUCGGCGGGUCCACCGCAGCGGCGGACAGAGGACGAGGAGGUGGAGGAGGAGGCGACCGCAUCGCCGGCCGAACCGGGCAAGCGUUACGUCUGCCCGAUCUGUGACUGCGUGUCACCGACCCAGCGUGCCUUCACCGAUCACAUCCGGCUGCACAAUGCGGAGUCCGAGUCGGCGGCGACCGCGGUCGCAUCCGCCAGCUUUUGCUGCAAAAUCUGCUCCAAGGUGCUGUCGUCCGCGUCGUCACUCGAUCGGCACGUGCUGGUGCAUACGGGCGAGCGGCCUUUCAACUGCAAAUACUGCAGCCUCACGUUCACCACCAACGGCAACAUGCAUCGGCACAUGCGCACCCACAAGUAUCCGUCCGGACGUGACAGUUUCGAGAGCGAUGCUGGUGGUGGAGGUAGUGCCGGUGGCGUAGGUGCGGGAGGCGGCUCAUCCUCCGAUGGUAGUGGUGGGGGAGGAGGGAACAAGACUGGCCGCAACAGUGGGCGAUCCGGUGCCGGCGGUUCCACAGCAGCAAGCCGUCACUAUCGCAAGAAGAAGGAAGAGGAGGACCCGGAGGAAGAGGAGGAAGACGCCGAUGAGGAGGAUGACUACCGGCAGCCAAAGAGGAAGAAGAAGCGUGCACUGUUCACUAGCGGUGCGGGCGGGGAGCAGCAGGGCGGGGAGGAGCAUACGAGUACGAGGCGCCGGAAGCAGCACGAUCUGCUGAUGCUGGACGCCGGCAUAGAGCACCAGCACGUCCAGGAGGAGGAAGCAGAUGAGGAAGAUGGCGAGUUUGACGAGGAAGAGGAGCUGCUCGGUGGUGGGAAGCGCAAGGUAACCUUGGGCGGUGCAGGUGACCGUUCACACCAGUAUCGCAAGGUGCGCACCAUCAACAACAAUCUGCUCGAAGGUUCGGUGGUGGAAAGUGGCCAACGGUACUGCUGUCCGGUGUGCGUGCGGAACGAUUUUGCCAGCAUGCUCGCCCUGGAACAGCAUCUCGACCGGGAGCAUCCGAACAUACCGGCCAAGUGCCGGCACUGUGAGAUCAUGUUCCGCAGCCACAAAGCACUGAAUGCGCACCGGUGCAGCAACAACAACUAUCAAAACAUAACGCCCGGCUUCAAGGAUCUCACGUUUGUAGACUUUUCCAGCGAAAAGUUUCCGCUGAUCGCGAAAAACCUGUGCGAACAGAGCAUCCGGACGCCGGUGACGAGCCAAAAGUACGAGUGUGCCCGAUGCUAUCGAGCGUUCCCCUGCUCGAAGACGCUCUCGAUGCACUCUGCCGACUGUUGCAGCAGUGGUGGUGGAGGAGCUGCCAGUGGCGAACGGUCGGCCGGACAGAGACGCAAGCGGGCGCCGAGCGAGUCGGACUCGUCGGAUGUGUCCGGUUCGGAUAUGGGUUCGUACUACGAGGAUCGCCGAACGUUCGACGACGAACAGCACGGCGAUCAGCGCCACCACCAGCAGCAACAGCAGCACGUACAGCAGCAGCAGCAGCAGCAGCAGGGUCAUCUGCGCCGUGAGGACUUCUUUGCCAACCUCGAUCUCCAGAACCGUUCCGUGGGGACGUUUUCGGAGGCACCAACGACACCCUCCUCGCUGGACAAAUCGUUCUCCUCACCGGUGCCGGUGCUGAAGCAGGAACCGCUCGCAUCACCGACCGAAUCGUCUGCCAACGCCCUGCCAACGUACUACUCCUCCAACAUGGCGCUCUACCAUGCCCACCAGCAGCAGCAACAGCAGCACCAGCAAAUGGUCGACAGCGGUAAGGAUCUGGCCGACAUUCAGUCGAUCAUCAAUGUCGCGUCAUCCGGAGGCCUGUUCGGUCGGCAGCUCGACGGUGGCAGCCAUACGCCACUGUCCGGUUUGCUGGACGCUUCACUCGGUAAGGAUGGUGCCGGCAGCGACAAUGGCAUGUACGCCCACUCGACCGGUUCGCGCGAUGAGCCGGAAGAGGCGCAGGACGCAUUCACCGCCGAGUUUCGCCGCAUGAAGCUACGGGGCCAGUUCCCGUGCCGCAUCUGUACCGCGGUGUUUCCGAACCUGCGCGCCCUCAAGGGUCACAACCGUACGCACGUGACGGCCGCCGGCCCCGGCCCGUACCAGUGCAACAUGUGCCGUUACGUGGUCAGCGACAAGGCGACCCUGAUCCGGCAUAUGCGCACGCACAACGGGGACCGCCCGUACGAGUGUGCACUGUGCAACUACGCCUUCACGACGAAGGCGAACUGUGAGCGGCAUCUACGCAACCGGCACGGACGUACCACGCGCGAAGAGGUGAAGCGCGCCAUCAUCUACCAUCCGGCCGAGGACUCGUCCUGUGACGAUCCGCUGAAAAAGUUGCAGCUGUUCAACACACCACCGGCCGACGGGUCCUACACACCGACGAUGCUGGCGAGUGCUAGCUAUCAGGAUGAGCAAAGCCUUCCCGAGGUACGCAGCAGUACGCCGCUGCAAUCGCAAGAGCUCAAGGACAUGCUGAUGCCACCCUUGCCGCUGAGCUACGUGGCAGCGGCAGCAGCAGCAGCCGGUGCCACCAACCACAACCCACUGCUUGACACAAGUCUCCUCCUGCAAACGCCACUCGGAGGCGGAGGUGUUGGUAAUGGUGCGUUCGGAAGUGCCGUAGCGGCGGCCAAGAUACAGGUGAAGAGUUUGGAAAAGCUGAACCAACUCACCCCACCGAAGGAGGAUGACGAGGCGCUCGAUGAGGAGAACGAGCCCGAGGAACAACCGCCAAUAGUCGCGGGCAAGAAACAAACACUAGACGGUGCGCAGCAGAAGCUGUCUAGCAAACACUCGGCAGGUGCGGAGUCCACCAACGCCACCAAUCCGCUACCGAUCGAUCUUAGCAUGGAUGCGCUAGAUCUUAGCAAAAAAUCGACCGUGUUUAGUCGCAAACCAGCGGCUCCAUCCACCCCAACAGCAGCCGCGUUACUUUCGACCGACGGUGAGGAGGACGACGAUGACAUCAUGGAAGGUGUCGCACCGAUGCACCGUCAUCAUCGAGCUGAUAUGCUGCUAGCCGUAAAUGGUGCCGACAGCGAACCACGCUCAAUGGUGGCGAAGAAGCAUGCUGCUGGUAGCAGUGUUGCCAAACAGCAGCAGCAGCACAUUCCCCAUCCUUCUCCCGCGAAGGAGGCAGACGUGGAUGAGGAUGAGGCGCCAAAUCGUCGGGCAGAGAUGCCGAAGCUUUCGAAAGUGAACCUGGCCCAGCAACAGCAACAGUUCCAACUGUUCAACGAUACCCUAGCCAAACUCGAUCCGAUGAACUUCUUCCAGCUGUACCAGCUGUACAACUCCCUGCAGCUGCCAUCGUUCUCGCCCCUGCACGCCAGUCCGUUCUUGCAAAACCCCAUGCUGACCGGUUCGGCGGCCGCCCUCGGUGAGCUGCUGGGUAAGGACUUUGGGUUGGGAGCGGCACUGCCGAAUCUGGCAGCGGCAGCGGCCGUAAGUGCGGCUGCAUCGUCAGGCAGUGGCCGAAACCAUCGUCAUCCACUGCUGGUGAACCCGUUCUAUCCACCGCCGGCCACUGAUACACCACCGAACAGCGUUACCAAGUCGGGCGAUUGUCUGGCGGGAGAUGUUGGAACAGCAGCGACCGUUGCCACACCGAAGCAGCUGCUAACGCCCUCCUCACCUUCACCGAUGUCAACACCGACCGGUGGAGCGAGCGGUGCUGGAGGUUCCAGUGGUGGGAGUAGCAAUCAACUGUCCGCCUCCCUGCACCAGCAUCAUCCGGCCAGUGGGGGAAGCGGUGGUUCAGCUGCAGCAUUAGCUGCCGCGGCAGCAGCAGCAGCAGCAGCGGCUGCCGGUUUCGGUGUGUCACCACUGUCGACGGCCGGUGGUGGUGGCGGCAGUUCGGCCGGUGUUGGUCCGGUCAAGAUGGUGAUCAAAAAUGGAGUCCUGAUGCCAAAGCAGAAGCAACGUCGCUACCGUACGGAACGUCCAUUCGCUUGUGAGCAUUGCUCCGCUCGAUUCACGCUCCGCUCCAACAUGGAGCGACACAUUAAGCAGCAGCAUCCACAGUUCUGGUCUCAGCGGCAACGCGGUGGACAUCAUUUGAUGCGUCGCGGUGGUGGUGGAGCUAACAGCAGCACCAGCAGCAGUGUUGCAAAUGCUGCCUCCAGCAACAGCUCAGUUGGGUCGCUGGUUAGUGCACUGCAGGGUGCGUUCGGUGGUGGUAGCGGGGGCAAUGGAAGUAGCGCCAUUUCCGACCAGGUAAAGUACGCCAUCUUGGCACAGCAAUCUGGUAAGGGUGGUGGCGGUCCGGAUGGGGCGGCUAGUCACAUGAAUCCUCUGCUGCACAACAUGAUCGUGCAGGGUGCGGCUGGACAGUGGAAUCAGCAGCAGCAACAACAACACCACCAGCGUCUCAACCACCAUUACGGGCAGCAACAAGCUUCCAUGAUGUCGUCAGGACUUACCGGUGGACGGCGUAUGGGUAUGCGUGGUGAGACGGAGGAAGACGAGGAGGACGAUGACUGCCGGACCGAGGACAGACAGUACGAAGGUGCCACACCGGUACUGAGCCAGCGUUAUCGGCGCCGUCGCCGUCGUUUGCAGUCCCACCUCGAGCAGGAUGGUGAGUUUCUGCGCCGCGGUUUCGACGAAGCUAGUCUCCAAAAGAUGGCGUUCGACGUGGAAGAACAUCAGCGUCAGCUCACAUCAUCGGCCGAACACAACCACCACCAACGGGAUGAAGAGAAUGAGGAGGAGGAGGAGGAAGAGGAGGAGGAGGAUGAAGGAACUCAGGAUGAGGGGCACGAGAAGGAUGAAGAUGAAGAGGACGAUGCGCAGCUCGUGAUUGACGAGGAGGAGGCGGACGAGGAGCAGGAAGAGAGUGGAGCAAAGGUAGUGAAGAUGGAAGGACCGGCAUCUAAGCAUGCAGCGAAAAGCAGGUUGAUCGAACCGAAGGACGAACACGGAGUGAAUGCCAGUGUUAAGGAGUCGUAUCCCGAGCCCAACGCUGGAAGCUUAAACCGCAUUCUGAAACAGAAGCUGGAAGAGAAUCGUUCAAAGGUGGACAUAAGUGUGGAGAAGGUUGCAGCUGCUGUGCAGGAACCGCCAACGAUGAAUAAUUCCACAGCUCCUCCAUCCUCAUGUAAGCAACCGAAGCAACACAACCCACCAGCAACCGUUUCGCGAAAGGCGUCAUCUGGUAGCGGUAGCAGUAACAGCAGUAGUCUGAUCAAUCACGACGAAAGUGGUAGCAAUAGCGAUCUCGUACCAGUGUCAAAGCUGCUUGAUAAUGCAGCCAAUCCGCAGGCAUUGGAGAGCUACUUCAGCCGGCCAGAUGUGCAGGUGCCACUAUCGCAGGAUCACAGCGACGAGGAGGGUCUGGUAGCGUCCGGUUCCGCUUCCGAGAGCAACAACUCCGGCACGGAUGAUCCGAACCCGUCGGCAGUGGCACUGGCCCACCAGCAGCAGAAGAAGAAGUCCGCGUACAGUUUGGCCCCGAACCGGGUCAGCUGCCCGUACUGCCAGCGUAUGUUCCCGUGGUCCAGCUCGUUGCGCCGUCACAUCCUCACGCACACCGGCCAGAAACCGUUCAAGUGUUCGCAGUGCACGCUGCUCUUCACCACCAAGUCGAACUGCGAUCGGCAUCUGCUGCGCAAGCAUGGCGACGUAGAGUCGGCCGUCUCCAUACCGGUACCGAUCGACGAUCUGCUCGAUCCGAAGCCGGAACCGAUACCGGUUGCGGUUGCUGAAGCGAUGUGCAAGAAGAUUUCGGGCAAGGGCACACGUUCGUCGGUUGCCGCACUAAAGGGACCUGAGUUGCCACAACAGCUUCCACAGCAGCAGCAGCAGCAGCAGCAGCAGCAGCAGCAAACGCAGGUUAGCGCUGAAGAGGAGGAAGACCAGCCGGACGUUACUACGGAAGUGGCAAAAAACGAUUCCUUUGACGCAACGUUGGUCGGAAAACGCCGAGAGUCUGGUGAGGAGGCAUGCAGGCAGAAACCAACGUUCGAACAGGAAAAGAAUGGCACUGACGAGGGUGGUCUGGAAGGGGAGGAGGACGGUGAGAUGGAACCGGAGGAACAGGAAGCGAAGGAGACUCGUCCUCGGCGGGCAACCCGUCGCCAGCAGCUUCGUGAGCACGAGUCGGUGGAAAAUGGCGAUGAGGAGGAGGCGGAACGUCACCAGCAGGAACCGGCCGCCCAGGACACUGGACUGGAGGAAGAUGACGACGAUGACGGCGAAGGCAAGGAAGGGUUGUACUCUGCCGGUGGUUUGUCGGACCUCCCGUACAAGUGUCACCUGUGCGAUGUUUCCACUGCCGAGCGGGUGUCCUGUCUCGAGCACAUCAAGCAGACCCAUCCGCAGGAGUUCACCACGCUUAUGGCGAAGGUGUCGCUAGAGGCGGCGGCCUCGGCAACCGAGAGUGAAGCUCACACCGGUUCCCCGGACGACGACGAGAGUGGCACCAACAACAACAACAACAACAAUAACAACAACAACAACAACGGUGGCAAGUAUCUCGACUAUGCCAAUCGGAAGGUUAUCUGCGCAUUCUGUGUGCGUCGCUUCUGGUCGACGGAAGACCUGAGACGGCACAUGCGGACGCACUCCGGCGAACGUCCGUUCCAGUGUGACGUUUGCGAACGCCGGUUCACCCUCAAGCACAGUAUGCUGCGCCACCGGAAGAAACACUCAGCGGAGUGCGCCGAAGGCGGCAACACAUCGCCCGCCUCGUCCGCUUCGUCCACCGGCCGGCGGCAUACGGUGCAACGUCGCAGCAACGGUCAGUCCGAAGGUAGGCAAGGUAAGACCCACAACAACGGACACGCGCACCAUCCCCACAGCGGGUCCGAUCUUACCGAUGACGACGAGUAUGAGGACGCGGAGUGCUCCAGCCCACCGUUACCAACCAGCCGGCACCAAAGUUCCCCCCCCGCCGCCACCGAAACUGCGGAGAUCCCAGCGGUGCCGUCGGCCAUCGUCGGUGAAGGCAAGCGCUAUCACCAUCUCUUCCAGCACCACAGCCAGCAGCAGCAGCAGCAGCACUCGGAGUUGAUCGGUAAUCUGCUCGGCAUCAGUGACCAGGGCAUCCUGAGCCGGGUACUGCUGUCGUCCGCUUCCGAAGCUGCCAAGCUGCUCGGUGUGGACAAGUGACGUGGCCAGUCAACAUUCCAACGCCAAUGCCUACCGGCAAACAAGUGUGACCUUCACUUGCUGGGAGGGGUUUAACGUAACGUAAACACUUAUCCAAACAAUGAGCUCGCGCAUACACUUUCCCAUCAUGAAGAAAUGGGAGGUUAAGCCACGUAUACACGUUUUAAUUUUAUUUUACUACUUAUUAGUUAAGGAUGAAAACAUCUGUGGGGUGUACAGCAAAAAGGACUCAAAAAGGGCGCAAAAACGGAUGCGCAAACCUAUAAUAAUAUUAUCCGUGAUUAUUUAUGUAAAUAGUUUAUUUCAAACAUGCUCCACCAAGCGACGUAUAGAGAUAGAGAGUGAGAGAUCCACAAAGAUAGAGAGAGAGAGAGAAGUGUGCUGCUUGAUCUCUUGUUUUUAUUAAGUUUUAGUAGCAAACAGUGGGACAGUUUUCCAACCAAAAACAAAAAAAAAACAAAGCAUAAUCAAAACUAUAUCUACAUAUAUUACUUAUAUUUAUCACCGUACACUUACAAUAAUCCUUAUUAAUUAUUAAUCGUGCGAUUUCUUUGACAUUAGUGUAAUCAUAGUAAAUCCUCUAAAAAAAAAGCAAAUAAGGCCAACAGAAGGUAGUAGAGAAGCGCGCGCCGUAGCGAGAUGGAAGAGGAGGGACUCUAUAUUUAGCAGGAUUCAAAUUUUGUGGUUUUCUUCGCCACUUUCACUACUUCUGUGUGUCCUUAUUUUAGUUUACGUAGAAGAGACAUUUGGAUCAGCCAUAAACAGUAGUAAGGUUCGCUCGCACUGUUGUGUAAAUUGUUUUAAGUUUUUUUUGUUUUUAAUUUUCGUUUUUAUCUACUUUUGCCACCAUUUUGUCAAUCGUGUAAAAUAUUUAUUUCAGUUUCAGUACCGAUUUUAGUAGACGAGGUCGACGAGGUCAGCCUUCCUUUUGCUCUCCUAUAUAUAUAUAUUGUGCUUAAUUUAUAUAUUUACAUUUGUGUAUAGUUUUUUUUUGUUUUAAUUUAAAUCUGAGUUUACUCCAUGAAUUUGCGAAUAUUGUGUUUAGCGUUAUUAAGUGAAGUAUAAAAAAAACAACUAUAUAAAAACGUAUCAUCAAAUGUAGUUCAAUAUGAUUUUAGUGAUAGGUUGAGCCUUUUCUUCUGAAACUGACAAUAUGCAGUUAUUGAAAGACUUUUUUUGUUUUUGUUCUUGUUUGAGUGCGGAAGGAAGAACUGGAUUAAGCUUCAGAUGUAUUUUAACUGCCUAUAUCAUCGCUAUCAAAGUGCCUACAUAUAUAUACCAGAGCUGCCUGAAAUACGUUUAUCUUUUUGGGGGUUUUUGUUUCUCUUUUUUUGGUCGCCAUUUUUGUUUUUAUCGUGAUUUAAAUUUGAUUUAACGACAACGAGCAAGCGCGGUAGCUAAACUGAUAUUUGAUGAAGGUUUCCGUGGCUGCAAUCGUAUUCGACUGUAUGUUUUUUUUAUCUUUCGCUUGCUAAAACCACGAUUUCAGUCACAUUUUGAGUAGACAAAUAUAAAAAUACAAAUGGCGUCGAAGCAAUACAUAACCUUAGUUUAAUGAGCGCGUGUGGUAGUAGAGAUGUAGUGAGAGAAUAAUAAAGAAAAACAACUACGAAUUAUUUAAGAAGCCGUAGGAUAGAGAACGCAACGAACUGGGAAGGAAAGAUAAAGGUGUUUUGUUUUAUAAAGGUUUUUUUUAUUUAGAAUUUAUUUAAAUGCCGCGUAUUGAACAGACAGCAAAUAUGUCAACAUAAUCAACUAAGAACAGGCACAUCCGGUGGUCUCCGUUUGAGUGAGUGAGCGAACUGGUUUUUUAAGGGGCCCCAGAGAGGAACGCAACAAAACCCUAGAAUGUAUAAUUAAACAACCACAAGCUAAGAAUUUGCGUUAUUAUCGUUCAUCAGUAAACUGUGCGGCUUCAAUGGAAGAUACUGCUGUGCGCUAGGGGGUUAUUAUUGGUGACAGGCGCCUUUAUCCUUCAUAUGCCAAUACGAGCCAACAACGAGUAACGUAUAUAAAUAAGAGAGAGAGAGAGAGCUAGAAGUAGUGCAAAACAGUGCGAAAAAUACAGCAAUACGACCAAAGGAAGUAACUGCAAAGAAAAGUGAGGUUAGGGUGAAGCAAGGGACCUUUUGAGGCGGAGCAUUGCUGGGAGGAAGGAUGGACGUGGAUGGUAACUCGGAGCGUGGGGAAGCUCCAAGCCUUCCUCAGUUCCUCACCAUCGCCCCACCCCCCCUUCCAGUCCAUCUCCAGGCGUUCUCUUCCUUCCCUCCCCAUAGAGUAGUAGCGGGAAGGAUUCGUGUUCGCAACACGAACGCAAUAUCAGCUCUAUCAAAAAUAUAUUCAAUUUGAUGUGUUUACAAUUAAAACUCGUAGUCGAAACAAAUACACUAAACGAACGAACCGUUUUGUAUAGCCGUGUGUACUGAUGCCUAAGUGAACGGUUUUAGUAGAUGGCAGAAGAUAGCAAAAUUCGCUAGUAAUAUGCGAAAGAGAGAGAGAGAGAGAGAGAGAGCGAGAGGGAGCGAUAAUAGUAGCUUUGAUUGCAGUAGAAAAAAAACGCCUUAUUAUGUGUACUCUACAGAUUUUAAUCGAUCGAUCUUCAGUUUUCUGCUAUAAAUUAUUCAGUAUAAAUAAUUGCGCCCAAAGAUGAUGAACUCUUGAGAGUGAGCUUUGCUUAGAGCGAAACGAGAAGGAACACUUAGAACAAAAAAAAACAAAAAAAUGCAACGAGACCACGUGGGAUAAAGAAUUCACUGCAAGUGCCAUUAAACUUACAAACAUGAACAAAAAAAAAACAAAAAAGAAGUAAUGCGAAGAAUACAAAACGC